UCAUUUUGCUAUUUUUUGAAUUAAUCAUUAGUUUGAAAAAUAUUAAAAAUAAAAAUGAUUUGAUAUCAUACCUCAAAGAAAAAGCCCUAAAAACACAUUUAGGUUUUUGGACGGGACCAGUUCGAUUCAAAUGAAGUUUGAAAACCCCUAAAAACAUAUCAAAAUCAUCUUUCUCAACGGUCAUAAUCCCUCUCCUCCUCCACGUUUAAAAAAACAACGCUCUCCUCCCUCUCUCUCCAACGUUUUCGAAUUCAAACUCUCUCUCUCUCUCUCUCUCUCUCUCUCUCCCCUCUCUCUAGAUUGCUUGUGAUCUUAGAACAAUGAGGACGAAGAACAAAAACACUGACAGCGCCGGCGAGUCUCGUUUUUUAGGAACCAUUUCGGCUUCUUCGCUCCGAAACCUCCUUCCCAGAUCCACUUCCACCAAGAAGAGCAAAUCCAUCUUCAAUCUUCGAAGCCCUAACUCCGAAAAUACUCCUCCACUCAGUCCCAACAUCCAGACCAAUCACCACGCUGGCGACGACUCCUCCGCUUCGCCAAUCAAGCCUGUACUCUCCGAUCUGUCCGAAUCUCAGAUCACAGAAUCGGACGGCCAGGAACAAGCGUCGGCUGCUCUUAACUCGCCAACGGUGAAGAGUGUGAUUGAUCGAUCCAACGGUCAGGGUGAACUCCUGCCACCUCUGGACCCAUCAGUGAAGGUUGUGGUGAGAAUUAGACCUACUAAAGAUGGUGCAAAUUGGGGAGAUCGGACAGUUAACAAGGUUUCUUCGCGCAGUUUGUCCGUUGGGGACCGUACAUUUUCAUUUGAUUCGGUUUUUGAUUCGAAAUCCGGACAGGAAGAUGUUUUUCAGAUGGUUGGUGUGCCUGUGGUUAAAAAUGCGUUAGCCGGUUACAAUACUUCCAUCUUGUCAUAUGGACAGAGCGGAAGUGGCAAGACAUACACGCUAUGGGGUCCGCCGAGUGCUAUGGUUGAGGAUGCCUCUCCUGGAAGUUGCCAAGGCAUUGUUCCACGCAUCUUCCAAAUGUUGUUUUCUGAGAUCCAGAAGGAGCAAGAGAACUCUGAAGGGAAACAGUUGAAUUACCAGUUCCGUUGUUCUUUUCUCGAGAUAUUUAAUGAACAAAUUGGAGAUUUACUUAAUCCAACCCUGCGGAACCUUGAGAUUAAGGAUGACCCCAAAAAUGGAUUUUAUGUUGAGAAUCUGACUGAGGAGUAUGUGACUAGCUAUGAGGAUGUGACACAAAUUUUGAUUAAGGGGCUUUCAAGUAGAAAAGUUGGAGCAACUAGCAUGAACUCCAAGAGCUCAAGGUCCCAUAUUGUUUGUACAUUCAUCAUCGAAUCCUGGUGUAAGGAGACCUCAUCCAAGUGCUUUGGUAGAUCAAAAACAAGCAGGAUGAGUUUUGUUGAUCUUGCUGGCCUGGAUAGAAAUAAAGGUGAUGAUGAUACAGGUAGAAAAUGUGCGAGGGAAGACAAAUAUGUAAAGAAGUCAUUGUCAAGACUUGGGCUUUUGGUAAAUACUCUUGCAGAAGCACCUCUGUCUGGAAAAUCUGAAGAUGUUCCAUAUAAGUCUUCCUGCUUAACGCAUUUACUGCGAGAAUCAAUUGGUGGCAACUCAAAACUUACUGUCAUAUGUGCAAUUUCCCCGGAUAACAAAAAUAAUGGUGAGAUACUGCAAACACUAAGGUUUGGAGAACGAGUGAAAUCUGUUAGGAAUGAACCAGUGAUAAAUGAAAUAACAGAGGAUGAUGUUAAUGAUCUGAGUGAUCAAAUUCGCCAGUUGAAGGAAGAACUUAUAAGAACAAAGUCUAGUGGAUCGCUUGUGAUUAAGAAUGGAUAUUUCCAAGGGAGAAAUGUACGUGAAAGCUUGAAUCAAUUGCGGGUGAGCCUGAAUCGAUCCUUGAUUUUACCCAGCAUAGAUAAUGAUUCUGAUGAAGAGGUAAAUAUGGAUGAACAUGAUGUAAGGGAACUACGUGAGCAGCUAGAUGAGCUGCAUAAUUCUUAUGAGGAGGAUAUUAGGGACAAUUCUGUCAGUGAAGAUUCUGAUCAGUUGCGUGGAAGUUGUGAUACAGACUCGAUAAGGGAACCUGACUUUCAUAGUUCAGACGAAAAAGAAAUCGACGUAUUUGAAGAAAUUGAUCUGGAAUUUUCUCAGAAUGAGCUUCCUCCUAAGGACAACAACAAAUUGGCAGAAAACCUUUCUCCUACCACCACCAGUCUAGAAAACAGAAGUGGUGUUUCAAUCAGUUUAUGCUGUCGGUCCCCACUCCUCCAAGACCCAACACUGUCUGAGUCUCCAAAAAUUGGAAAUGCACAAAGAAAGAGUGUCACUUUUGCACCAAGUUGUUCAGUUAGUCAGAACAAUGUACCAGACAAUUCCAAGUUCAAGUCAGAUGUAUUGAGACACUCACUUAACCAAAGUGAAAACAUCCAAUCCUCUUUGCGCUCAAGCAAGAAAUUUCCAGGCCCCACUGAGUCAUUGGCUGCCAGCCUCCAGAGGGGCUUGCAGAUAAUUGAUUCCCACCAGCAGAACUCCAAAUCAAGCAAAUCUGCAGUCUCGUUCUCCUUUGAGCAUUUGGCAUUGAAACCUGUUAAAGCUAAUUCUUCAUCUCAAACAUUACCAGAAACAAGGCCAUCCACAGAUGGGCCAUCUUCUUCGUUCCUUUGUGCAUCAUGUAAAAAAAUAGUGUAUAAAGAUGAUGCCAAUCUCCAGGAUAGCUUGAAAACAUGGACUGUAGUAGUUGAGGAUGGAUUAGAAGAAGCUAAAAAGGAGGAGCUUGAGAAUCGUUGCAAGGAGCAAGCAGCUAAAAUUGAGCAGUUAAAUCAACUGGUAGAGCAAUUCAAAAGUUGUGCAGAAAAUGGUAAAGAAAUGAUACCUUAUGAGGAGUUCAAAGACGGAAAGAAGCUUGUGAGGGGCAGUUCUGUUGAUAUUCACCAACCAGAGAUUAUAAAGGAGAAAUGUGAAAUACAGGAAGUUCAGACUCAGUUCGAUCUUGGGUAUGGGAAUGCAGAUUUUGAUAUGGGUGAGAAGGAAGUACUUCUUAAGGAAGUUCAGAUGUUAAGGGCCAAAUUGCAGUCACGCACUGAUGCAUUACCCAACAAGUCCACUGAGAGUCUGAGAUCCUCUUUAUUGUCACGAUCCAUGCAACUGCGAAAAAGUGGUGCAUUUCGAGAUAACAGCGAUGAAGAACUAGAGAAGGAAAGACAGAGAUGGACAGAAAUGGAGAGUGAUUGGAUUUCCUUAACUGAUGACUUGCGGAUAGAUCUUGAAUCCAUCCGUCGGCAAGCAGAGAAAGUGGAGAUGGAAUUGAAAUUGGAGAAGCAAAGCACUGAAGAGUUGGAUGACGCACUUCAUAGAUCUGUCCUUGGGCAUGCUCGCAUGGUUGAACACUAUGCUGAACUACAAGAUAAAUACAAUGACUUGGUUGCAAAGCACCGUGCAAUCAUGGCAGGAAUAGCAGAAGUGAAAAGGGCGGCAGCAAAGGCAGGAGCAAAAGGUCGUGGAUCUCGCUUUUCCAAAUCCCUGGCAACAGAGCUCUCAGUAUUGAGAGUGGAAAGGGAGAGGGAGAGGGAGCUUUUGAAGAAGGAGAACAAGAGUCUCAAGAUUCAACUGAGAGAUACUGCAGAAGCUGUUCAUGCUGCCGGAGAACUCCUUGUUAGGCUUAGGGAAGCUGAACAUUCAGCAUCAGUUGCAGAGGAGAAUUUUACGAAUGUGCAUCAAGAGAACGAAAAGUUGAAGAAGCAAAUGGAGAAGCUUAAAAGAAAACACAAGAUGGAGCUGAUCACCAUGAAGCAAUACAUGGCAGAGAGUAAACUGCCAGAGUCUGCUUUGCAACCACUAAACCGGGAGGACUCUGACAUUCCGCAGAACACAAUCGUAGAUGAUGAUCAGGCAUGGAGAGCAGAAUUCGGAGCCAUAUAUCAAGAACAUUACUGACUGCUCAAAUUUGGAAACCAAAAUGCAAUUUGGAAAAUUUUGGUCUGCUCACUGGCAGUGCAAAGCAUUCAACUACCGAUUUAUCUGGAUGAGACCCAACUUGGGUUCAUGCAGUAGACAACAGUAUUAUGAAUCCUUUUAUUUUCUUUUACUGUGUGCUUCAACAUAAACUUUAAAAUACAACAGUGUUAUGAAUUCAUUCUUUUAAUUUCAAUCCAUAUGAUUAAGGAAAUUUGUAAGCUUAUGUCUCGUAAAUUUAUUUAUCCCGUAUUAAAUACAAAAUAUCUUAUUCUAUUGUGUUUUCA